AUGUCGUUCCGAGGCCGUGGAAGAGGGGGCCGCGGGAGAGGUGGGGGCUUCGGGUACGACCACCCGGCCAAGCACGCGCCGCACGAGGACUUCCCGGACAUCACCCUGCCAGAGAUGAAGUGCGCCAAGGCGAGCAAUGAGGAGAAGGCGCUGAUUGUGUCCACCUUGAAACUCGAGGAGUUCUGGAGGAGUUCCUGCUACUACCUGGAGGAGGAUGCUCCCAAGAAAAAGAAUGAAGACAAAGAUAUUGAAAGAUUUUCUGAUAGGAAACGUAAGACACAAAGCAAACGUGAAGCUCUUUCGUUAUAUCUCAAACUGACUCCUUCAAAUUUCCCUGCUGAACUGGUGCAAGGAUCUAGAACAGGGCAGGCAAGCAACAAGAAGCUCCGGUGGGAUAAGGAUUCAGAUGAAAAGGCAUUUGAAGUAUUUGAGAAGCUUGAACAAAAGCACAAGGAUGGAAGCAAGGUGGAGAAGGAAGGUGAUGACGAGGAUGAGCAGGAAGAGGAAGAAGUACAAGAGGAGGAGGAAAAUUCAGACGAUGACUAUAAUCAAAAUAUCGAGUUUGAUGACGAUGACGAUGACUGGAACCAAGAGGAAGAAGCACAGGAAGACUUCUACGAUUAA